GGGCGGGGCCGGGGGCGGGGCUAAAGCGCCGACCUCAGGCUCUUGGUUGCUGUGGUAACGCGUCAGCUCCAGAGGAUCGGACGGAGGCGUCUGAGGCUGAAGCGCCGCCGGCAGAGAUGCCACUAAGCGCAGGUGGAUCCCCAGGCUCUGCUUCCACUGCUUCCAACAGGUCACGGAAUAGGACUCGCUAUCGGACCAAGGCCAUGAACUCUGAGGUAGACGAGAGCCUUUUUGGAGGUGUCAAGCCUCCACCCCAGGGCAAGAGCGACAGCCCCGCCGUGCUGCUCCGCAAUAAACAUGCCAUGCCGAAAACUCUCACUGUUCUGGGUUUGGAGCACAAGCCAGAGACGAUCCAGCUCAUCACCAGAGAUAUGGUCAGAGAACUCAUUGUUCCAACAGAGGACCCCUCUGGGGAAUCCCUAAUCAUCAGCCCUGAGGAGUUUGAGCGGAUCAAGUGGGCAUCCAAAGUCCUGACCAAAGAAGAAUUGGAUGCCAGAGAGCAGGCUUUCAAGAAGGAGAAGGAAGCUGUCUUGGAAGCAGUGACAACCCGAAAGAAGAUCAUGAAGCAGAAGGAAAUGAUUUGGAACAACAACAAGAUGCUAAGUGAUCUAGAGGAGGUGGCCAGGGAACGGGCCCAGAACCUUCUACAGAGAGCCAACAGUCUUCGCCUGGAGCAGGAGGAGGAGCUCAAGGACAUGAGCAAGAUUAUUCUGAAUGCCAAGUGCCACGCAAUCCGGGAUGCCCAGAUCCUGGAGAAGCAACAGAUCCAAAAGGAAUUGGAUGAAGAGGAGAAGCGGUUGGAUCAGAUGAUGGAAACAGAACGGCAGAACUCCAUCCAAAGGCAGAAGGAUCGGGACAAUAAGAGGAAGGAGGAAAGAAUACGGGGAAAACGGCACAUUUUGGAGCAGAUAAAAAAGAAUGAGGAGGAGCGCUCGCUGCUUUCAGAGCAUCGUGAACAGGAGAAGGAACAGAUGCUGGCGUACCUGGAACAGCUCCACGAGGAGGAUAUGCAGGAUCUGGAACGAAGGCAUCAGGAAAGGUUGAAGAUCCAAGCUGAAAUUAAGCGUAUCAAUGAUGAAAACCAGAGACAGAAAGAACAACGGAUGGAACGGGAGAAACUGGCAGACCAGAUGGUGAUGGAAUUUACCAAGAAGAAGAUGGCUCGAGAGGCAGAGUUUGAAGCUGAACAGGAGAGAAUCCGCAGGGAGAAAGAGAAGGAGAUUGCCCGCCUGAGGGCCUUGCAGGAGAAGGCGCAGGAUUAUCGAGCUGAGCAGGAUGCCUUGCGGGCCAAGCGCAACCAGGAGGUUGCAGAUCGAGAGUGGCGCCUAAAGGAAAAGGAAAAGGCGCAGAAGAAGAUGGAGAUAGAGGAAAAGCUGCGCAAAAGCCGGCUGGAGCAGGUGGCCUUCAAGGAACACACGCUGGCCGUGCAGGUGCAGCGGGACCGGGAUGAGUUCGAGAGGAUCCUUCGGACUCAGAGAGUGCAGAUUGAGAAGGAUAAGCUGGAGCAGGAGAAAAAGGCCAAAGGGUGCCUACAGCACGCCAACGAGCUCCGCCGGCAGGUGCGUGAGAACCAGCAGAAGCAGGUGCAGAACCGGAUCGCCACCUUCGAAGAGGGCCGGCGCCUCAAGGAGGAAGCCGAGAAGCGCCGAGAACGCAUCGAGGAGAUCAAGAAACAAAAGCUGGAAGAGCUGAGAGCCACAGGCCUCCCUGAGAAAUACUGCAUGGAAGCGGAGCGCAAAGCCAACAUCCUGACGGCCACUUCUGUGAAGUGACGGGAAGCCUCUAUGGUCUCAGAUUCUCCUUUGUCCCCGGGGUGCCCACAGUUGCUGCUAGACAUUUCAUAGUUACAGAUUAAAGCUAUUCUAUUCUUUAA